AUGACAGAAAGAUUAGCAAAGAUCAAAGAUCAUUUAACCGCCGAAUUUUCUGGGAAUGUGCACCAGACCAGACCAGAUGACAUCGUAGUUGUUAGCGCCCAUAGGUCAGCAAUCGCCAAGGGUUUUAAGGGCUCGUUUAAAGAGUUGAACACAGAUUACCUCCUGCUACAGUUUUUGAAGGAGUUUUUCGAUGAGCUGCCAUCCGAGAUAUCUGAUCACAAGGAGCUGAUUGGCGAGGUAACUUGUGGAAAUGUCUUAAAUUUUGGCGCGGGUGCGACAGAGCAUAGAAGUGCUUGUUUGGCUGCAGGGAUUCCUUACACUACACCAUUUGUUGCGGUAAACAGGCAGUGUUCUUCUGGUUUGACUGCCGUUAAUGAUAUUGCCAAUAAGAUCAAGGUUGGCCAAAUAGAUAUCGGCUUAGCGCUUGGUGUGGAAUCAAUGUCAAAGAACUAUGCAAAGUUAAAUCCAUUGGGUUCAAUAUCAGAAGAGAUGAAGAUUGACCCAAGAGCUAAAAAAUGUAUGAUCCCUAUGGGCUUUACAAAUGAGAACGUUGCACACAUGUUUUCAAUAACAAGAGAUGAGCAAGACGAAUUUGCGGCAAAUUCGUAUCAAAAAGCAGAGUAUGCUUCCUCUCAUGGGUUAUUUGAGGAUGAAAUUUUACCUAUUACACUUCAAGAUGGGACGAAAAUUUUGAAAGAUGAGGGUCCGCGUAAGAAUGUAACAGCUCAAAAUUUAAGUGCAUUGAAACCGGCUUUCAUCAAAGAUAAAGGAACAACAACAGCAGGGAAUUCUUCACAAAUAUCUGACGGGGUUGCUGGUGUUUUAUUGGCACGAAGGUCUACGGCAGAUAAUCUUAACUUACCAAUUAUUGGUCGCUAUGUUGCGUUUCAGGCCGUUGGUGUGCCACCAGAAAUAAUGGGAGUUGGGCCAGCUUACGCCAUUCCAAGAGUCCUCAAAGAUGUCUCGCUGUCUGUAAAGGAUAUCGAUAUUUUCGAAAUCAACGAAGCUUUUGCCGCACAGGCUUUGUACUGUAUAAACAAACUGGGUAUCGACGUGAAGAAAGUAAACCCGCGUGGUGGAGCAAUAGCUUUGGGCCAUCCUCUUGGUUGCACUGGAGCUCGUCAAGUUGCUACUAUUCUCAGAGAGUUGAAAUCAGGUCAGGUGGGGGUUGUUAGUAUGUGUAUUGGCACCGGGAUGGGUGCCGCAGCUGUUUUCAUCAAAGAAUGA